AUUAUUUUCUUACUUCCUAUCUUUAUGAUUAAGUAUUUUUGAGUUUAUUAAUAGGAAGGAUUUUAAUAGUUAAUUACCUUCACUUUUCUAGUUUAAAAAAUGAGCGAAAAAAAGAAAUGUAAAAAAUCUAAAGAAGAAAUAGCUCGUGAGUUUGAUUUACCUGAGCGUAAAAGCAAGAUUGCUACUAUAAUGAAACAGGAUGGACAAGCUUAUUGUAUAUGUCGGUCUUCUGAUUGCUCCAGAUUUAUGAUAGGGUGUGAUGGUUGUGAAGAAUGGUACCAUGGCGAUUGCAUUAACAUUACCGAAAAAGAAGCUAAGCAUAUAAAACACUACUACUGUCGUAAGUGUAAAGAAGAAGAUCCCAGCUUGCAGACCGUAUUUCGAGUUGUUCCAGUUGAGAAAACUUUAGUUCCAAUUGGUGCAAUAGUUACUCCAUGCGUCAAGAAAAAAGUAAAAGAAAAAAUAGCGCAAGAUUCAAAAACCUUAAGAUGUGGAACUUGUGAAGGGUGCAAGGCAUCAAACUGUGGAACAUGUGAAUUUUGCUUAGUAAGGGUUGGCCAUAAGCCGCGCUGUGAAAGAAGGCAAUGUAUUCAGCAACAACAAAAAAAAAGUAGACCCAAACAAGUUAAAGAACGUUCGAGGAAAAGAAAACGCUCAUUAAGUCCAGAAGUUUAUAUAAAUCCGGAGUUGGAAGGUCUAAGGCACUGUUAUGGGCCAGGAUGUAAGAAAAAUGCAAGGCCACAAUCGAAAUAUUGUAGUGACAAUUGUGGCAUCCUUCUUGCGACAAACCGAAUUUUCCAGGUCCUUCCACAACGUGUUCAGGAAUGGGGUCUCUCAAGAUGUCGAGCAGAGGAAGAAAACAAAAAACAACUUGAUCAAGUUCGAGCGAAACAAGCGGUUGUUCGAUUUGCAUUAGCCGAACUGGACAAAAGGCAUAAUGAACUUGAUUUGAUUGUGCAAAGGGCAAAGCACUGCACCCUUGAUCCUCACGCACAAGACCAUCCCGAUGUGGAGGAUGAACAAUCAAUGUAUUGCAUUACUUGUGGGCACGAAAUACAUUCUCGAACUGCUAUAAAACAUAUGGAAAAGUGUUUUAACAAAUACGAGAGCCAAGCUAGUUUCGGUAGCAUCUUCAAGACUCGUAUUGAAGGAAAUUCGAUGUUUUGUGACUUUUAUAAUCAAGCUAGUAAAACCUAUUGCAAAAGAUUACGCGUUUUAUGUCCUGAACACUGCAAGGAUGCAAAAGUAAGCGAUAGUGACGUAUGCGGUUGUCCUUUAGUAUCAAAUGUCUUUAACCUUACUGGCGAAUUUUGUCGGGCUCCAAAAAAAAAUUGUUUUAAGCAUUACGUCUGGGAAAAAAUACGUCGGGCAGAAAUUGAUUUGGAACGGGUCCGCCAAUGGUUAAAAAUGGAUGAGCUAUUAGAACAAGAAAGGCAAACUCGUGCAACAAUGGCGUCCAGAGCAGGAGUCUUAGGUUUAAUGCUGCAUUCAACUUAUAACCAUGAUGUUAUGGAAGAACUAGUCCGACAGCAACAGAAACAAAUGCAGCAAAAACAUCAUCAACAGCAACAUCAUCCACAAAAUACUUCAGGAACGAAUCAGAGAAUUCAAAAUCAUGGAAGUGUUUAUUAUUGAGUUUGUAUUUUCAUGUGGAACAACGAAACUAAUUUUUAAACAAAAUAAAAAAAUGUCUAUUUAUUUUUGG